AGACCCCAGUUCGCCAACGAGUUUCGAUACAUCCGUCGCGUCUAUGGUCUGCCAGACUCUGGUACCUUACCCCCAAACGUCACGCCCAUUCGACGAAGUGCUUCGCACCAACCACGCACGUACCCUCCACAACGUUCUAAUGGCAUGACAGUCGUUCGAGUGAACACGACACCGCUUCGCCCUGCUAGGACCCCGCCUCGUCCUGCGCAGACUCAGAUCACAGGAGACGAGGAUGAACCUCCUCCGCCACCUUACGCACCGGAUGAUCCUGAGCCAGACCAGACCAGAAUUCUGGAGCAGCGAUUGAUUUCGGAAGCGGAAGCGGAAGGUCGUAUCUCCUCAGAACUGCCCGGCGAACCGAGAUACUCGCCUCCUGCUGGCCCUCCCCCGCUAUCGUCAUCUGCAUCGAGACGCACGCCUCCUACACCUAACCGCGAUCGACCACCUACACCUGAUUCCCCCCCAGCCGAUGAGCAGGUGAGACUGGCAUGGGAGGAAUCUCAACUGGAUGAGGCGAAAAGAGCUAGUCUAGCUGCCGAGCAAGAACGCUUAGAGUUAGAGGAAGCAAUGAGACUGUCUCUUGCCGAAGCUGAGAUAGCUGAAGUAGCAUCGUCCGUCGCUGGUCCAAGUACUCGCCCGUCAAAUCCUCGUCCGCUACCGGACCCUCGUCAAUCUCCACAGUACAAUCAAUUCACGGCAGCGCAAGCAUUGUCGCCUCCGCUUCCGCUUAGACCGCAAACAUCCGCAGAAUCCUUCAAGCGUCCUCAACAGAUGCCUUCUCAAUCCUCAUCCCCGUUCUCUUCACCUUGGGUUUCGCAACGUGCCUCCCCGUCAAUAGGACAUCGUCGGACCGCAAGCGAUGUCGGCCCAGGCAUGGCCAGAUUAUCGCUCAACGAAUUCGAUCCCCUAGCAGAAGAUGAUGGGCAAAUGUCAUCCUUGCCAGUGAUGCAGCCAACUCAGCACGCGGCGGUCUUACAGAGCAACAACCCUUUUCUAUCACCCCGAGAACGACUGGAAACCAAGUCAUCGAAUGAAAGUUUGGGCAAGCCUUCGCCGCCGAACACAGCCACAACAACGACAGGCCAAAUUCCUCAACCCCGUCGAACCAUGUCUACUCUGGCCGAGGGUGAAGACCCUUUGGAAGCCCUUCGAACCUGCGAUACAGUCUUCCUCAGUGAGCACAGGAAGCGAUCCGGCAUGCUGACGUUCAGUUGAUGAUUCGGCAUCGAUGGCUGGUGAACCAUGGGAACAGGCCAAGACGUCGCUGCAAGGUGUUGCAGAGAUCGCAGCACAAUAUGACGACGACGGGAUUGACAUAUACUUCCUCAAUUCAAAGCGUGUCGGUACCGAGCUGAGGGUGAGCCAGCGAACGUUAUCUUAUUGACGACAGACCGCUGCAGACGUGGAAGAGCUCUUCGAAGGAUUGGUGCCAAAAGGCGCUACACCGUGAGUGAUUCGGCUGUCU